UUCUUGGUUAUAAUAAUAAACACAAUGAGUGAAAUAGAUAUUGUUUACUAAAUAAAUGGAAACUAGAAUAACAGCUUCAUAAUAAUUAUAGUCUUAAAAAUGGCAAAUCAAAAACCCACUACAUCAUUAGAAUAUGAGAAUGUAAACGGGAUAAAACUCGUACUAAAUGUUCAUAAAAGGCAAACUCCACCGGACGCCAGAAUAUUUACAAUAACUUAUAAAAAUGUUAAAAGUAAUAGUUCGAAAAUAGGAGCAAAGGCGUCUCUGUUUCUAGCCAUUAUAUUUAAUUUAAUAGCUCUAUUUUAUGUAAGGAUAAGUUUAACAGCAAUAAUGGUUAUAAUUAUUGUGUUAUCUUUCUUGGUCUUCUUUUGGUUCACUCACAGUGUUCAGUCAGAAAGUCUUAUAGUAAUACCGACAGUAUGUAUUCAGAGCACAGUAAAGUAUGUGUGGGGUCGAGAGGACACCUUCGUGGACUGGUCCAAUGUUGACGAUGUUAUCAUCAAUGAAGUUAUUAAAAUGAAUCGAGUUUUGUAUUACCUAACAUUAUUGAAAAAGGAAGAUAAUCCUGAUUCAGUGCGGCUGGUACCUCUAUUUAAGUACACAAAACCAAGACUAGUAAUGCUUCAGAAGAUCUACUCAGAGAUACAAACAUUCCUGAUGGAUGCUCAAAAGGAGAGUUCUAUGGCUUCCGGAGACAAAGAAUGAAACAAAUAGCACAAUUUUUUAUAAGCGAAACUUUACUAUAGGCCGAAUCAGUUCCUGCAUUAAUACAUUUUCAACCUAAUUACGAAACGCUAAGCUUGAUUUCACGAUUUUAAUCUUUCUCACUGCCAGGCCAGGUUUCCUCUAACCCUGGUGAUAAAUAGACAAAAUAUGAAAGAGAAUUUACAUACAUUUUUGUGUAUUUUAACACUAUUCAUAUCACAAAAGUAAGGCCGCCACCUAUAUCAGUUCUUCCCAUCCGUGCAUGUGCAUGAGUGGCUGGAGAGGACAUGGUUGGAGGUGGAUCACUGUGUUGC